AUGUAAACGUAAUGUACGGUAUGGGAUUAAAACGAUUAAUUUCGCUCCGAAAGUUGUAUUCGUGCUCGAAUAUCUUUUCCAUGUGAUUAUUUACAUCAAUAUUAAGUAAGGAAAUUAGUUGUCAUUGAUGUAGUGAGACUUUGGAUCACCAAACCAAAGUUGGGAGGUUUACAAGGCAUGGUGUGCUACUCAGUCAUUUUUCAAAAUUCCCCUUAUUCCUUUUUUGCUUGAACGAGUGUACUAAUGUUUGCUAUGACUAAACAAUAGCCUUUUUGUUUUGAGUUUUACACAUGUAAGAAUCAUCAUUGCCCAGAAGACUACUCUUCUGCACUGAUUUUGUUGCUCCAGCUAUCAAACAAAGUGAUGGCUCAGGAUUUCCUCCCAGGCUUGGAGAGCUCUGCUAUCUCUGUCCUAAAGAGAGCCGUUGAGCUUGACCAGAGCUCACGCUUUCAAGAGUCUCUCGUGUGCUACCAGGAAGGGAUACAGCUCCUGUUAGAUGUACUGAAAGCUGUAAAAGAUGACUCAAAGAAGGUCCACUACAGACAGAAGAUCAAGGGCUACAUGGACCGAGCAGAACAGAUUAAAGAACAUGUAAACAAACUGAAAGAAGAGGGUAAAUAUCAUGAGCAGAUUAAGAUAGCAGACAAUUCCACUGGUUUCAGCUAUGAAUCCCUCUUUAAACCAUACAUCAGAGACGGGCUGACUGAAGUCUGGGUGGAGGACCCCUACAUACGGCAUGUCCAUCAGUUAUAUAAUUUUCUUCGCUUCUGUGAAAUGCUGCUGAAAGGCCCAUGUCAAGUAAAGACUAUUCACCUCCUUACCUCACAGGAUGAGGACAGCUCCCCUCAGCAAGCCAUUGCCCUUGCAGAAAUAAAGCAGUCACUACAGAGACAAAAUGUUUGUUUGGACUUUCAGUGCUCUUCUACUAUUCAUGAUAGGGAGAUCAGGUUUAAUAACGGGUGGAUUAUUAAAAUCGGCAGAGGGCUUGAUUAUUUCAAAAAACCAAAGGGUCGCUUCUCCAUCGGAUACUGUGAUUAUGAUUUGAGAGAGUGUCAUGAGACUACUGUGGACAUUUUUCAUACAAAACACACCAAGAUGUCUUAGUCUUCUAAGGUCUUUCUACUUGCUUGUCAUGUCUUUAUGGAAUAGGGAUGUACUGGAUCUUCACAAGCAGUCCUCCCGUACUACAUUUGAAGUCAGAAGUUUGCAAACACUUAGGUUGAAAACACAUUUUUUACCACUCAACAGAUUUCAUUAUAGCAAACUAUAAUUUUGGCAAGUCGUUUAGGACAUCUACUUUGUGCAAGACACAAGCAAUUUUUCCAACAAUUGUUAACAGACAGAUUGUUUCACUUUUAGUUGACUAUAUCACAAUUUCAGUGAGUCAGAACUUUACAUACACUGUCAACUGUGCCAUUAAGCAGCUUGGAAAAUUCCAGAAAAUUAUAUCAAGUCUUUAGACAAUUAGCUUCUGAUAGGCUAAUUGGAGGUGUACCUGUAGAUGUAUUUUAAGGCCUACCUUCAAUCUCUGUGCCUCUUUGCUUGAAAUCAUGGGAAAAUCUAAAGAAAUCAGUGUUUUGGGUUUUGUGAAUUGAAUGUUAAAUAUAGCACAAUAAAUAGUUAAUUUGAAAUAUUUGAUCAUGGAGAUCUUCUGAUGUGUACUUUAAUUAGUAUUUUCUAAAAGUUAAGAUCUAUGUUGAUUUAUGACGGUCUAUACCUGAUGCUUCAAUUUAGAGAGAUUACAUUUAUUGAUGAUUCUUAUUUUUAAUUGAUGAUUCUUUAUUGAAGGUUUUGAUUAAAUGUUAGAGAAUACUUGAUGCUUGUAUAAAAAUAUCUAUGUCUAUACAGAUAUCUUGUUGGGAUUGGUGUAUAUAUGUAUAUAAUAUACUCAUACCUUAUUUAAUGUUAUGGAAUGUAUUUUUUAACAAAAUAAAUGGCAUUUCUAAUUAUGUGAUAUCAUGAUGUGGUCUAUAUAAGAAAAUUGGUGGAUAGAUAUUUUCAAACACGCUGAGGAAGGCCUAGUAGCCUAAAUGCCUGUGUUUGUUCCCCCAUGUUAAUUAAAAAAGA